AAGGAUAUAAUCUUUCAUUAUAUGUUUUGCUUACUAUAUCUGCAGUUGCAUAGCUUAGAUCUUAUGUGCACUCAAAGUGGUUAGUCAUUCCCACGGCUUGUGUGGGGCACAUUUCAUUUCUCUUUGAAUGAACAUUCUAUGCAUUUUUGCUUGCAAUCUUGUGCAUUAUGAACCUUGUUAAACAACAACCUUCUAUUUUGAAUAUCUUUUCCCUUGUUCAUAAGCACCUGAAGGAUGAAUGAAUGCAGUCAUUUGCAAAACUACAUUGCAUCAUAAAAGACAAACCUCUCAUUCAAACUCCAACAAUGCAAUGGCUCUUAAAACAGAAAUAAAUCUGCACUUCUUAUCAUAAAAAAAAACAAACCAUUAGCUGAAACAGUUCUACCAAUUUGAGCUACAGGUGAAAAAUGGUAACAAGAACAAGCAAUGUAUAAGGAUGGAACCCUUGUUUGAGGACUCACUAAGUAGUUAGUAGGACUUGUGGGACUUGUGAGCCCCGAGGUUGGAGUCAACUCGCCUAAGACUCACUAGUCGAGUCCUAUCAAGUCCGGCUAAGUACUCGGUCGAGUCUUGGGCAAAAAUUCGCCAAGUCUAAUGCUUGGACUCACGAGACUUGAGCUCAGACAAUUAUUUUUUGUCAGAUGCACCCAGGUUGACUUUUAACUCAAUCACCCAGGUAGGAAUAAUGGGUGUUGAGUCGAAAAAGUGGAAAAAAUAGUCAAAAAUGUCAUAAUCUUGUCCUAUAAAUGCAUUUUUUUUUCAUUUCUGCUUCAUCUUUUCAAUCGUUGUGUUUUUCUCACAUCUAACACCUUGUGCAACUUGUUGACGUGGCUAAAAUCGUAUUGCUACAACUAUAUCCGGCCAACGCAGAAUAGAAUGAUUUUGGUUGAGUAUCCUCUCUUUAAAUAAGGGAUCCCUAAUGCUGUUUUUAAUUGAUCAACGGGGACGACCUCAAGGUUCCAACUGUCAGUUCAUGACUGCAAAAUAAAUCAGUUGUUUGAUGUGUUUCACUAGGAGCACAAGGGGCCUUACGUUUACAACAAGUUGGGUCUAUUGCGAUUCUCAAACUGGGGAAUAAAAUCAAAAGGGAAGGGUUUAGGAGACCUAAAAAUUAACAAGAUUGGUGUGCGAGUAGACAGAUUCGACAUAACCAAUCUCUGCUUGGCCAGAAUUACUCACAACCUCACAAGAAUGGUGCAAUCUUCAAGGGAGACUUAGAAGAUUUUCAGACUGCAGGUGCAUGCCUAAGCAUCCAAUUUUGGCACAGCUCAAAAUGACACUUGCAAUUGAACUAAGCACGAUUUUAAAGGCUUAGACUAACCAUACACAGGGAUACACAAUCAACAUAUCCCCAACGGUAUUAACCCGAAUCCGUCAAAUACCCGUACACCAUAAAGGAUCUAUCUAAAGCUGUUGAAGGAAACCAUGCAAACAAAAGAAAACCAAGAUAACAAACACCAUACUUCAAUGUUCAUAUAUUGAUUUUGGCUGUCAUUACAACAAUUUCUGUAGCAGUUCUACUCUAUUCCUAACUGCUAAAUUCUAACCUUAUAUAAAAAAAACUCUAACGUGAUCUAAUUGUCUAACCCUUUACAAUGAGAGGCAUCCUACCUUUUAUAGAUUUUACAAUUCUGAAUUAGAGGCCAGAAUUGACUGCAACCAACAGUAUUGAUCUGCCUUCUAGAACUUGGCAGCCUUAACCCAUGACCAUUCAAUCCUUAGUUAUCCCCCCAACCACUUUCCUUAGCUACCGAUCACUAUUUGACAUCAAUUUUGUCAAUCUGGUAGCUAGGAAAUAAGUAACAUGUGUCCCCUUUGUUUUAAAAUAUCUUGAAUGAUGCCCACAAGCAGUCAUGUACAAUAAAGCAUUUCAAUUUUUAAACUGAUUUUCUAGAAUUGCUUCCAACCUUGCAUUUCUGACUAUGCACAUUUUGAGUGUUCUUUUGCUUUUUGUCUUCAAUCUUGCUGGUGGACUUCAACUUGUCAUCCAGUGGUGGCACGUUUCCCUGUACUUCAUUUCACGCUCUGCGGUGUGUUCUUCAUUGGUAGUGCUUGGGGUUGUCGCCUUGGUCCUGCACUCCUGCAUUUUUCACUUCCCGACGUCGUAGAUAUGCAAACAAUUAAUUUCAACCCAGAUUAAUCAUUUUGAAAAAUUAAAUAAAUUAAUUUAACAAAUAUUAAAUUUUAGUCGAUGUUGGGCUCUGUUCGGCGAGGAUGAAAGACGUUUGCUUUAAAAACAAUAUAAGUUCCCUCCUUGGCAAAAUUAGGGUUUUAAGGUUAAAAGGCGAGAUUUAAACCCUUAAGUUGAAAUGCUUCCUUCACUUGUGACGAAAAUCGGCCACUUUGGCUUUAAAUGCGAGAUUUAAACCCCUUGAUAGAAUGUGCCCACCUUUAAAUGAAAUUUGGACAAACUUUCAUGUUUGCAAAAUUUUAACUUUAAAAUGUCUCACUUAAUUUCACUUGCAAUUACCUGGGCGACUAAGGGUGAAAUUCGGCCCUUUGAAAUAAAAUGCAAUACUAUGUUAUCUUUUCUCCCUUUCACCUUUGAUUAGUGAAAUUCGGGUCCUUUUAGAUACAUUGCGAUUUUGGAUGUUUCACUUCUUUUUCGGCCUAUGGACUCAUUUGGCGAGAUUUUAGUCCUUGAAUGACUUUUUCAGGCAAAUGAAGUGUUUUGCAUGGUUUUGGAGUUUUCCGCCUAUGAGGGGAUUUUGGUGAACUUAGACCUCUUUCAUCAUUUUCCGCUUAUUGACUUAAAAUGCAAACCUUAACUCGACACUUUAACCUAAAAUGCCUGAGUUUUUCUUUAUAUUUGAAAUGCCUCCCUUCCUUAAGAUAAGAAAUUCGGCCAUUUUACAAGCUUUGCACUCAUUCAACUUGCAAAACUCAGGUUAUUUGAAAGAAUGCGAUUUUUUUUUAUCUCUUGCAUUUUAGUGGAAGGCGUCGAACUUUUACUCCUCUUUACAAACUUCGACCCUUACUUUUGCGUGAUUUUGAGGUUUUGGAGUUUCUUUUCGGCUAUUUGAAGCCUUCUGCAUGAUUUUGCCUGAGUUCACUUUCGGCUAUUUGAACCAGAGUUCCCAGACUCGCCGCGAGUCCGGCGAGUUCGCCGAGUUGGCGAGUCGAGCCAAGCUCGACGAGUUUUGCUCGGACUCGGCCGCGCGAUAUAGGCAAUUUGGAUUUUAAAAAACAAAAAAAAUAAAAGCUUUUUCAUUUGUUUUUUUUUACCUUUUUCUUUCAUAUAACCCUGAAAGGUCUUCUAAUUGUUAGUUGUGAGAAGAAGAGAGGAAAAGUGAGAGAGAGGAAGGAAAACAAGAGGCCAUAGGUUUGCAACCAGCAAGGAAGAAGAGCAUCAAGGAGACCACAAAUCACAUUGGGGAGGCCAUAGGCUUGCAUUGAGAGCAUCAAGGAGUCCAAAGCAAGACUUCUCAACUCAUUUGAAAGAGGUAAGGUAGAUUUUGCUGGUUUUUUCAGGUAUGUUAAUGGAUUUUUUUCAUUUUUUUGUUAAUUUUUUUUUAGUUUAACAGUUAACUUUCCAAAUCUUGAAUGUUUUUAUUUUUUUAGCUUAAUUACAAUGAGAGAAGUAGAAUAAUAGCAAAGUGCAAACCCAACAAUUUUUUAGAAAAAAAUUGUAAACAUGUAUUUACAAUUUUAUUUUUUUUUAAAGUAGGGUUUGCUGAUUUUUUCUAUUAGUUUAUAACUUUAUUAAAUUUUCUUAUUGCAGCAGCCUUCACGUUUAAAAAGCAUUCAUUUUUCACAAUGCCUAAAAAGGAUGAGGCUUGGAAAUAUACUGAAGACUUUAUUGGCAGACAAAAAAAUCAAACAAAAUGUUUUUUUUGUAAAAAAAUUAAUUUUGGUGGCAUCAAUAGAUUUAAAUACCAUAUUGCCGGCAUACCUGGCCAUGAUAUUGAGGUAUGCAAAUUACAAACUUCUGAGGCAAAACGUUUCUGUUAUGUCCAAUUAGAAACACAUGAACAAGAAAAGUUAACUAAGAAGAGGCAAUUGGAAGAGUUAAGUGCUAUUGGCUCCCAUGCACCCACAUUCGCAUCCGCAUCCGCAUCCGCAUCCACAUCCACAUCCGUAAGCUGUGUUGGAGAGGGUUCUUCCAUGCCUCCCUUUCACCCUAGUGCUUCUGCUAGUGCUAGUCCUUCUACUUCUACUCCUCCUAGUGGCACUAUUACCUUUGGCCCUAGAGUUCGGAAAUCCAGGUUGGAUAGUUAUUUUGUGCCGCGUAGUACUCUUGGGGCACAACCCUCGCUUGAGGGCAUGGGUUGGAACAAGGAGGUUCAUGAUGCUGCAAGAAAACAAAUUUGCAAGUUUUGGUACUUUUGCAACAUUCCAUUUAUUGUAGCUAGGUCUCCUUAUUGGCAAGGCAUGGUAGAUUCCAUAACCAUUUGUGGUGCGGGGUUUAAAGCCCCUACCAAUGCUGAGUUAAGUGGCCCCCUCUUGUUACAAAUGGUUGAGGAUAUGAAAGUUGAGCUAGAGGACCACCGACAGUCUUGGAGCCAAAAGGGUUGCACCAUCAUGACAGAUGGUUGGACGGAUAGGAGGAAUAGAACACUCCUAAAUUUUCUUGUUUCCUGUGGAGGAUCCACCAUGUUCUUGAAAUCUAUUGAUGCUUCCUCACAUGUGAAAAAUGCCACAUACUUAUGUGAGGCUAUUGAGGAAGUCAUACAAGAGGUGGGGGAAGAAAAUGUGCUGCAGGUGGUGACAGAUAAUGCAGCAAGUUAUGUUGCUGCAGGGAAAUUUUGAACUUUUCAAGUCUUGAUGGAGAGGCAUCUAUGAUUAUUUAAGAUUUUCUUAACACAUCAAAAUUUCUAAUUAACUUAAAAUUGUUGCAGGUAAACUUUUGAUGGAGAGGCAUCUGAAAUUUUUUUGGUCUCCUUGUGCGGCUCAUUGCCUUGACCUCAUGUUGGAGGAUAUUGGUAAGCUUGAAUGGGUGAAAUCAAUAGUUGAAAGGGCCAAAAAUAUCAGCAAGUUUAUCUACAAUCAUGCAUUGGUCCUUAGCAUUAUGAGGCAAUACACGGGGCAAAAGGAGUUGGCUCGUCCUGGUAUCACGAGGUUUGCCUCAAACUUCCUCACACUGAAAUCCUUGAUAAAAUCAAAGGCGACUUUGAGGCGUAUGUUUGUUGGUGAGGAGUGGACUUCCUCAUCCUAUGCUACGACCACUGCAGGGAUAGAUGUGGUAAAUUGCAUUUUUGAUGAGCCAGGUUUUUGGAUCCCCUGUGGAGAAAUCGUGCAGGUCACUGAGCCCCUCGUAGUUCUCCUACGAGUUGUUGAUGGGGAGAAGCCCUCUAUGGGCUAUAUAUAUGAGGGUAUGGAUAGGGCCAAGGAGGCCAUUAGGUCCAUAUAUGCAGGAGAUGAGGAUAAGUAUGGCCCCAUUUGGGAGAUUAUUGAUAGGAGAUGGCAGAACCAGCUUCACAGGCCCAUCCAUGCAGCAGCCUAUUACCUCAAUCCGGCAUUUUGAUUCCGUGAUGACUUCAAGGCAGAUGAGGAGGUUCUUAGUGGCCUGUAUACAGUGGUUCAAAAGUUGUGUACUGAUGGCACAGCCUCAAGUACAACGCUCCAGCUAGAUAAAUAUAAUAAUCGAGAAGGGGCAAUCUUCGCAAGCAGCAUGUGCAUAGAGGCUCGAACACAAUUGCAGCUAGAUAGAUGGUGGCAAAUGUUUGGGCCCUCAACCCCAAACCUUCAAAAAAUUGCCAUCCGUAUUUUGAGCCAGCCAUGCAGUGCUUUUGGAUGUGAGCGCAAUUGGUCCAUGUUCGAGCACAUCCACUCGAAGAGGCGUAAUAGAUUGUCUGUGGAGAGGUUGAAUGAUCUUGUUUUUGUUCAUUACAACCUCCGUCUUAGGACCAGACAGAUUUUGGACACUGACUCCUCUCCGAUCACUUUAGUGGAGAUCGAUCCAGAGUCUGAGUGGAUCACUGAGUCUACCGAUCCCGUCUUCACUGAGGAGGACCAUGAGUGGGUUGACCAGGCAGACAGAGAGGCUGAGGCUGUGGCUAUGGCAGAGGAGGAGGAUAGAGCACGAUCCGGCACAGGCACCUCACAAGCGGAGACUAUGGCUUCUCAGUCAUCUAGGACCUACCUUAGACGCAUUUGUAGGAGGUAGACAGACUACUCUGAGGCUGAGGAUGAGCUAGAGCCUGAGCCAUAGACUUGUUUUUGUUUACAGUUAUAUAUAUGUUUGGGAACAUUGUGAUGUCAUGGAUUUUAUAUACAUUUGACAACAUUUAUAACUCUAUAUAUCUAUGUUUUCUAUUUCCUUCAGCUACAAUUUACAUUUCUACGCAUGUGAUGGAUGUAUGUUUAUGUAUGUGAUCAAAUUAGCUUCUAUUUGAUGAUAUUAUAGUGUCUUUAAGCUUUAUUCAAUAAUGGGUGCAUGAAACAAGUUUUAAAUCGUUAAAAAUCUCUAAAUUUCAAGGGUUUUUUAUUUUGCCGAGUCAUAGCCGAGUCAUCGCCGAGUCAUAGCCGAGUCACGAGUCGAGUCGACCUUGUCGAGUCCGAGUCUGGGAACUUUGAUUUGAACCAAUCUGUGCGUUUUUUUUCUUUUCUCAUUUUUGGUCAUUUUUUCUUAUUGCGUGAACAUUUCUCUCUUUGAUUUUCGGCCUGUGAGGUUGAAAUGUGCGAACUUUAGUCUUCAAAUUUCGGCUAAUUGAGCCUUAAUGCACGAUUUUACCUUGCCUUUUGAUUUUUUCGUUUUACCCUGCAAACUCGCGGUUUUCGAGAGAAAGCGUGGUUUCGUGCGACUUAGGGUUCAUUUCAAACGCCUAGCUUAUUCAAAGUUCGGGAUUCUGAGAGAUUUGGCGCGAUCUUUGCCUCUGUGAAGUCAUUGGCGAGGGUUAAUGUCAGAUUUUAUAAGCAAAUGCCCGAGUUUCAUUUUCGGGCUUUGUGAGCAUUUUGGGUUUGCACAUUAAAACGCCUAACUUCUGCUACAUUGGACACACCUUUCGAUUUCGGGAAUUUUGAUGAAAAUGUUCGAAUUUGCUUUGUUCGACCAAGUAAACUCGGGUCUCUGAAAAAAUUCGGACUUCUCGAAUGGAAUGGGCGAAAUAGGCUUUGUGAAUCCUUUAGUCACCCUUUUCAUCGUUCUUUUUCUCCUACACGGGUAGGCAGACAAAACUAAAAAAUACGGGGGCCCCUGUGAAGCAGGGCGAGGUGUGCAUAACACACAACACAACUUAUCAUUCCUGCCCCUCAAACCCAUUAGGGUCUCCACUCCCAAAACCCCACUAGUUAUUGGGAUCUUGUCAUAUAAGAAAUUUGAUUACAAUGAGGGAGAGGGAGUAGAGACCAGAAUCGAGAACUUACACAACUAAUUUUAUCACUAUCAUAAUAUCAUUGAUCAAUGAUGAAGUGUAUCAUGCUAUCAAUAUCAAAGAUUCAAAUGCAAUUAUUAAAACCUCUCCUCAAGUUUUCACUAGACUAGGGAAGAGGAAGAGGAAGAUGUAAAAUGUUGUAAUAUGCAUUAAUUUUCUUUUUUGUGUGCAAUUAUAAUGUUUUUUGUCAAGUCUGUGUCGAGUUUUUCCCUGAGUCCGGGUCAAACUUUGGGACUGCCAAGUGAAGUCUGAGUCUGAGUCCAAAAACUAUUCCUUAUUUUAGAUCCAUUUGUUUCCCCUUCUUGAAUAUUCAUUUUAUUUUCACAUGAAUGAUGUCAGGAUAUCUGUGUUACAAGUGUAGUUUCUAGAUCCACUGCACAAUUGAUUGGUCUGGGUUGGAAGUGAAACUGGCAGUCUUGCUUCCCUCCAAAGAAAAAAAUUAAGUGGACAAGGCACUUAAGAAGGCAAGAACUAUGAAAACUAGGUGCACUGAGUACUCAGACAAGCCCCAAAGCCGAUGAAGCUAAUGCUAGGGCAUAUGACAGAGAACGAGUACUUGAUUUGGGAUGGAUUCUGAAAGCUGCAUAAUAAAGUGGAGGUCUGUAAAUCAUCAGUAGAUACAAAUUUUGCAGGGUUAUGAAACUCCGUGUGCAGGGUGAUGGAUGCAUGUUAGUUUUAAGGAUGGAGAAUCAAGACAAUAAUACCUUAGAGGUAUUUUAAUUCAGAAGUCUUAUUACUAAUGUAGGGAAUUGCCAAGAAUGGAGUUAAAACUUAAAUCAUAAUACCAACAGUGUUGGAUUUGAUAUCAGUUAUUCAAAUUUGAUUAUUUUAUUUUACAUAUUUCUGCCUGAAACAAUGCUAAGUAACAAUUUGGAUAUUUAUUUCCAUGUAUGACCUAAGAUGCUCGUAAAUUGUAUAGGUCUAGUUUUACUCAUUUUAUUUUCCAUAUCAUUUCAUACUAUGGACAGGUCUGUACAACUGGGCUGCACUAUUCAAAUUAUGGCUUUUUUGGAUUACUUAUUCUACUUAUCUACUUUUAU